AUAAUGGUCCUCCAGCUCUAGGCCGAGUAGUGGAUGGCUGAUGCAACUGAUCGUGAUUCCAGGCAGCGCUGUCGAUUCCGCUUCGUCCUGCACAAUCGAUCCCGUUGCAGGGACAACCAACAAGCUGAUGUUGCCGAAACGCGCACAGUGAAAACGCUGACACGAUGGAUUUCAAUGUCAAGAAACUAGCGUCGGAUGCAGGUGUCUUCUUCACUCGCGCUGUCCAGUAUACAGAGGAGAAGCUUGGCCAGGCAGAAAAGACUGAACUUGAUGCCCAUCUGGAAAACCUGAUUGCUCGAGCGGACUGCACCAAAAACUGGACCGAAAAGAUCUUCAGACAGACUGAGGUGCUGCUUCAACCCAACCCGAUUGACCAAACUGGUGCUCGAAUUGAAGAGUUUUUUUAUGAGAAAUUGGACAGAAAGAUCCCAUCCAGGACCACCAAUGCAGAGCUGCUGGGUCAGUAUAUGCAGGACGCCGCAAAGGAAUUUGGGGCAGGAACUCCAUAUGGAAGUACUCUGAUAACUGUUGGAGAGUUUCAGAGGAGGUUGGGUGGCGCAGAGCGGGAAUUCCUACAGAUGUCGGCGAUUAACUUCCUCACACCACUGAGGAACUUUCUAGAGGGAGACUGGAAAACCAUUUCUAAAGAGAGAAGGCUACUCGAGAAUCGCCGCCUCGACCUGGACGUUUGCAAAGCUCGGCUCAAGAAGGCAAAGUUAGCGGAGGCAAAGGCUGCUUGUGAGGGAGAUGCUGCGCCUGACUUUCAGGAGACUAGGCCACGCAAUUAUGUUCUGUCGGCCAGUGCAUCUGCGCUGUGGAGUGAGGAAGUGGAUAAAGCAGAACACGAGUUGCGUGUGGCUCAGACAGAGUUCGACCGACAGGCAGAGGUCACACGCCUCCUGCUGGAAGGAAUCAGCAGCACUCACGUGAACCACUUGCGCUGUCUGCAUGAGUUUGUGGAGGCCCAGGCUGCUUACUACGCACAGUGUCACAAGCACAUGCAGGAUCUUCAGAAAGAGUUGAGCAGCGCAAACGGAGAUACGUUUCCUAAUGCUUUUGCAGUGAAUGCUUCCACGUCAGGAGUGACAGCAGGCCCUUCUCCCCUUUCCACUGACACCCUAACUGGGGCUUCUCCACCUAGUCGCCCCCCAAAUCCUUCCAAUGCCCUUGAGUCCAGCACGCUGAAGAUCGAGGAGGUGAAGCCUCCCGCCACCGGCACUCGCAAGGCCAAAGUGCUGUAUGACUAUGAUGCUGCAGAUACAAGUGAACUUUCCCUUCUCGCUGAUGAGCUAAUUACUGUGUACACGGUGCCCGGCAUGGACCCGGACUGGCUUAUUGGAGAGCGAGGCAACCAGAAAGGCAAAGUGCCUGUCACAUACCUGGAGCUCCUGAGCUAGAUGCCUCAUCCUUUUCACAAAUACAGAGUCACACUGAAUUAUGCAUGAACAAAUACUCAAGCACUCCUGAACACUCAGUGAAUUUAUCCAGUUUCUUUUUUUUUUUUUUUUUUUUUUUUUUUUAGGUCUGUCCAUGUUACUGUGCAUAAAUACGUAUUAUUUUUUUUUUUUUUUUUUAGGCCCAAUUUAUGUUCUAUGUGUAUGUGUUGUUUCAGUUGAACACUGUCCUGCAUAAUAUUUAUUUCCUUUAUGAUCCUGUGAUUGCAAAAUUUUUCCAACAUUUUUCUUACCCUCCAAGUGAUGAAAACAAACAGAAAAGCUUUUUGUGGUGGAGCUGGUUCUGAGUGUGUGUGUGUGUGUGUGUGUGUGUGUGUGUGCGUGUGCGCGUCUGUCUGUCUGUCUGUGUGCAUGUGUGUGAUAAUGAAGGCGCUAAACAUUUAAGCUUUGCUUCUUAGCGUAUCGUGUCUCUCAUCAUGCUUGUAUGCUUAUAUGGUUUGUUACCCGCACUUUUGAUUCCCAGUGCAUUUUUUUUCGACUGUGUGAUUUGUCAGAAGAUUGUGAAGGUAUUAGGUGAGGAUAUGAUGUACAGUUUGUGGUUUACUGUGAUCUGUUCACAUUCAAAAAAAGUUUUUCUUUGCCUCCAGUGGUACUUAUUCACAUCUGCUCAGUCGUUACCUUUUCACUUUCAUCUUUGUGUUCUUUGCUUGUUGCAAAAAGCAAUGCAUAUUGAAUGAAUACAGUUGAAAUAUAUAAUAAAGAGAGAUUUACUGGAU